AUGGAACGUAUCCAAAUUCAAGGAGAAAUCGCAACGGCAUAUUCGUUAGCACAAAUGCUCUCGUCAAUUCCACUUACACGUACUGGACCAUCGGAAGUUGUGAUUUUCGAUAUUCAUGCACUACAAAAUCAAUUCUAUUUCUCAUCGAAUAUCAUCGUUCGACUCGAAUCUACUGUUGGUUUAUUAUUAAAUGAGUUGCAAAAGGAAGAAAAUCAAGGAGAAAACUAUGCCAUUGCCUUUCCAGAUGAUGGCGCACAUAAACGCUUUUCACAUAUAUUCGAUAACACAACUUAUCCGAUUGUGAUUUGCAGUAAAAUCCGACAAGAAAAUGAUAAACGCAUUACGACAGUCAAAGAUGGCCAAGCUAAAGGUUAUCAUUGUAUGAUCGUUGAUGAUCUCGUCCAAUCAGGGAAUACUUUAAUCGAAUGCGCACAAGCUUUACUACAGCACGGUGCGACGCAUGUCUCAGCAUUCGUUGGACAUGGAAUCUUUCCCAAUGAAAGCUGGAAGAAAUUUCUUCAUUCCAACAAUCCAACAGUUCGUUUUCAUACAUUUUAUGUUACAAAUACAUACCCUAAUACGAAAAUAUUGGUUAAUCAAUCUCCUUUCAAAGUACUUUCAAUUGCACAAAUUUUGUGCAAUAUAUGUUUUAAUUAG